AGCAUGCAUGGCUGGCUGCUCCUGGUCUGGGUCCAGGGGCUGACACAGGCUGCCUUCCUCGCUGCAGGAACCACAGCAGGCAGGAUAGACACAAAGGCGAAUAUCUCUGCAGAGGAAGGUGGCUCUGUCAUCUUACAGUGUCACUUCUCCUCCGACACAGCUGAAGUGACCCAAGUCGACUGGAAGCAGCGGGACCAGCUUCUGGCCAUUUAUAGUGUUGACUUGGGGUGGCAUGUCUUCAGUGAGCGGGUGGUUCCAGGCCCCAGCAUAGGCCUCACCUUCCAGUCGCUGACAAUGAAUGACACAGGAGAGUACUUCUGCACCUAUCAUACGUAUCCUGGUGGGAUUUACAAGGGGAGGAUAUUCCUGAAGGUCCAAGAAAGCUCAGUGGCUCAGUUCCAGACUGCCUUGCUUGGAGGAACCAUGGCUGCUGUGCUGGGACUCAUUUGCUUAAUGGUCACAGGGGUGACUGUAUUGGCUAGAAAGAAGUCUAUUAGAAUGCAUUCUAUAGAAAGUGGCCUUGGGAGAACGGAAGCUGAGUCACAGGAAUGGAGCCUGAGGAGUCUGUCACCCCCUGGAGGCCCUGUGCAGACACAAGCUGCCCCUGCUGGCCUCUGUGGAGAGCAGGCAGAAGACGACUGUGCUGAUCCACAGGACUACUUUAAUGUCCUGAGCUACAGAAGCCUAGAGAGCUUCAUUGAUGUUUCGAAGACUGGCUAA